UCUACAGCGGAAGUGCAGAGCGGAGCGGCGCGCUGUGUUUGUGUCUGGGCGGCUUUGUUUUCUCGGUUUAUCGGUGAUUUAUAGUGAUUUAUAGUGAAUUAUAGUGUAAAUUAGUGAGUUAAUCUGAUUUAUACUGAGCUCUCAGAGCGAGUUCAGUGUGUUUGAUUCACCGGAUUCAGCGUUUAAACCUCAAACAGGACCCGAACCGCCCGACCCGCUCCGAGUUCAGCUCACUGAGAGUGGUGUAAAGAUGAGUCUGGCUUUGGGCCGAGAUCAGCGCAGCACUGCUGGAAACCGCCUCUCCAAACUCCUGGACGAGGAGGAAGAAGACGACUUCUACAAAACCACCUACGGAGGGUUUAACGACGAGUCUGGAGAUGAUGAGUACCGAGGUGACCACUCAGACACGGAGGAUGAAGUGGACAGUGACUUCGACAUCGAUGAAGGAGAUGAGCCAGACAGUAAUGAGGAGGAGGACGCCCCCCGCAGGAAGAGCCGCGUCGUUACAAAGGCUUAUAAAGAGCCAGUGAAGGCGGUAAAGCCGAAAGUGAAGCGUCCGUCUGAAGAACCGAAGAGAACAGAGAGACCCAAAGCCGAAAAACGUUCUCACCAGGACCUGCAGGAGUACGGAGAGCUGCGCAAGUCGGUGCGUAAGUCCACCAGCGAGCACACGAGGAAGACCUUUGAGCGUCUGCAGGAGCGCCAGAUGGAGGCGCCGCGCCGCCGGAAAACCAACACAGAGCGCAUCCUGAGUCAGGAGGAACUGCUGAAGGAGGCUCAGAUUACAGCUCAGAUUAACCUACAGUCUCUAGAGAAUUACGAGCGUCUGGAGGCUGAUAAGAAGAAGCAGGUCCAGAAGAAGAGAAAGUUUGAGGGACCCACGAUCCGCUAUCACUCCGUACUGAUGCCUGUCGCUACAGACGCUCUGCUGAAGGAGGAGAACGUGGACGUGGAGGGGCUGGAUCAGGACACGCCCCAGUCUACUUCCUCCACCAGCGUGGCGGGGGCGGGGUCUCUGUGCUCUCGCACUUUCGUCACCUUCAGCGAUGACGAGGCGUUUGAGGCCGCCUUCCGCCCUUCCGCCCGCUCUGGCCCUGCCCUCCCCGUGCAGGAGGUGUGUCCUGUUACCCACAAGGCCGCGCUGUACCGCGACCCCGUGACGGACAUCCCAUACGCUGACUCCCGCGCAUUCAGGAUCAUCCGCGAGGCGUACCGGAAAUACAUUGCAGCUCACGGUUUCCCCAGCAGUGACUCAACUGAGUCGGCAGGAGGCAGCGGUGCAGCAGCAAAGAGCCUCAGGCCUAAAGGACUGGUCAAACAGGGGCUAAUCACAGCCUAAACACACCAAACAGACACCACAGAGCCAGCAGGGGGCAGCAGUGCAGCCUCAGGCCUAAAGGACUGGUCAAACAGGGGCUAAUCACAGCCUUAACAUACCAACCACUGACACCACAGAGCCAGCAGGGGGCAGCAGUGCAGCCUCAGGCCUAAAGGACUGGUCAAACAGGGGCUAAUCACAGCCUUAACAUACCAACCACUGACACCACAGAGCCAGCAGGGGGCAGCAGUGCAGCCUCAGGCCUAAAGGACUGGUCAAACAAGGGCUAAUCACAGCCUAAACACACCUCACAGACACCACAGAGCCAGCAGGGGGCAGCAGUGCAGCCUCAGGCCUAAAGGACUGGUCAAACAGGGGCUAAUCACAGCCUUAACAUACCAACCACUGACACCACAGAGCCAGCAGGGGGCAGCAGUGCAGCCUCAGACCUAAAGGACUGGUUGAACAGGGGCUAAUCACAGCCUAAACACACCAAACAGACACCACAGAGCCAGCAGGGGGCAGCAGUGCAGCCUCAGACCUAAAGGACUGGUUGAACAGGGGCUAAUCACAGCCUAAACACACCAAACAGACACCACAGAGCCAGCAGGGGGCAGCAGUGCAGCCUCAGGCCUAAAGGACUGGUCAAACAAGGGCUAAUCACAGCAUAAACACGCCAAACAGACACCACAGAGCCAGUAGGGGGCAGCAGUGCAGCCUCAGCCUAAAGGACUGGUCACUAAUCACAGCCUAAGCAGACUGUGCCUCUUUUGUAGUGUGAGUCUCCUGAACUGAACGUCGGGGAUCUAGGCUGUCUGGCGCUGCUGCCAGAGUAAAGUGAUAGUUUGGCUAAAACGGGUCCAAAUGUACCCAGUUCACCCCCCAGAGUGUAGACGAUCGGCCGAGACGGGUUUGGGCUCUGAACUUUGCUUCUUUAGUUUUAGCCCUGAAGCUGCGAGGCUGAUUUAGCUAAUGAGUAAUGGAAGCUUAUAGCCCACCUAUUAGCAUGGUGCUAGCAGCGCUUGCCUCAGUGCAUUUGGAUGAGUUAAACAGCUAAACGGAAGCUAAACAGCUGCUGUAACUCCAUGGAAACAGGCUUUAGGUGAAAUAAUGUUCUUGCAGUAUCUAAACAGCACCUUACAUCCCAGACUGGAUGACGUCGGGGUGACCAGCUCAGCAGGGGGACCACCGUGGUCCCCAUUAAGGAACGUAGUCCAGGUUUAUAGAGUAAUGAUGGCUAGUUAUGUUAGCUACAUUAGCUCAUAGCAGCAGUCCUUAAGCUACAUUAGCUUGUAGCUGUGGUGCUAAAGCUACGUUAGCCUCGUAGCUGCGGUACUAGCUGCGGUACUAGAGGUGCGUUAGCCUCGUAGCUGCGGUACUAGAGGUGCAUUAGCCUCGUAGCUGUGGUACUAGAGGUGCAUUAGCCUCGUGGCUGCGGUGCUGAAGCUACAUUGGCCUCGUAGCUGCGGUGCUAAAGCUACAUUGGCCUCGUAGCUGCGGUGUUAAAGCCGCAUUAGCCUCGUAGCUGCGGCGCUG